AUGACAGCUCGUAAUAUGCGCAUCGAAGCAGUUCUGGUAGCAGGUUUCGCCUUGCUCAGCCACGCCCAUCCCAGACACCUCACCGUUGACCUCGGAUACGAGAGAUACACAGGUGUUUACGAUAACAGCACGGAUUUGAACACAUGGAAAGGCAUUCGUUAUGCUGCUCCUCCGAUUGGAGACCUUCGCUUCAGCGCCCCUACUGAGCCAGAGUACACUGGCCAGACCGUGCUAGGGGACACCUUUGGGUCCGCCUGCCUUCAAACCUUGGCCGCUGGAGGCAACAUUCCUGCAUGGCCGCCCCUCGGAGCAGAAGAAGACCAGGACUGCCUGUUCCUGAACGUCUAUGCUCCGAGCGGGGCCAGAAAGCUCCCUGUCUAUGUCUGGAUUCAUGGCGGAGGCUACGGCCAGGCAGACGGGAGUUAUGACCUUACGGAAUUUAUCAACGCCAACGGAAACGAGUUUGUUGCUGUCUCCAUGAACUACAGACUCGGCGCUUUCGGGUUCUUGUCAUCUGAAGAUGUGAAGACGGAUGGGGCUUUGAAUGCUGGUUUACUGGAUCAGAGGUUCUCUCUAGAAUGGAUACAAAAGAACAUUCAUCUAUUUGGCGGAGACAAGUCACGGGUGACUAUCCACGGCGUGUCUGCAGGUGGUGGAUCAGUCAUGAUGCAUUCUAUCGCGAAUGGUGGUACUGACGGGGACAAGCUUUUCGAUAAGGGUAUGGCUUCCUCGCCAUAUCUUCCUAGACAUUACAACUAUGAUGACGAUUUCCCAACCUCCCUGUAUGACCAGUUUGUCACAUUGAGCGGGUGCGAAGGCGAUCCCGACAAACUGUCUUGCCUUCGCAGCAAAGAUGUCGAAGUUCUCCAGGAAGCGAAUAUCAAUGUUACCAAUGCUGCAGCAUACGGCACGUGGGCAUUCGCCCCCGUUACGGAUGGAUCUUUCAUCCAGAAAGCCCCGUCUACCCAACUGCUGGACGACAGGGCAGUGAACGGAAACCACAUGUGGGCCAGCCAUAACGCAGACGAAGGCCCUAUCUUCGUACCCAGAAAUAUCACCACUGAGAAGGCACUGGUCGAAUUUCUGCGCGUCAGUUUUCCACGAUUCGACGACAACGACAUCGCAUCUGUGCUCAAGACGUACCCUCUUUCCGAAUAUGGUAUGGACACCACCAACCCUCGUUUCGCAACGGCAGGCGACAGCGGUCCGACGGCGGUCGACGUGUCACCCUUCGCCAUUGGCAACCAACAGCGCGCCGACGCCAUCUACGCUGAAGCCACAUUCCAGUGCCCCUCCUACUGGGUAGCAACCGGCUACACUGGCGACUCAGCCAAGUCGUCAUACCUCUUCACAUACACCAGCCCGCCUGCUCCCCAUGGAGCUGACAUCUCGGGCUAUCUUGGCCCGUCGACACCAAAUCAAGGGGCUGCGUUUGUCCGGGCAUGGCAGAGCAUGUGGGGUGCUUACAUCGCUACUGGAUCGCCAAAUAUACCAAGCGAUGUUGCCAAUAACUCUGACUCUGACGUUUUGUCGAACUGGCCGAGAUGGGGAAACAACUUGAUGGUUAAUUUCAACCAGACUGGCGGCACGCCGACAACAGCAGACGCCGGGCUCGGUCUUGGGGAGAUUGCUGUCAAUGUUGAGCCUGGACUGGAGAAUGCAUUCAGGGAAGUUGAUGCCAGGACGUGGGAGGGAGGUAGAGGAAAGAGGUGUGAUUUCUGGAGGCAGAUGGCUCCCAAGUAA